GAAUAUGGUCCAAGCGCUCCCUGGUUUGCCGAGUAGGGGGGGGAGGGGGGUUAAGACGGAGCUGCUGCUGGCACCCAGUAACCAGAGGGAGCGAUAAAAUGCCAGUCAGCACCUAGAGUGAGCGAGAAGGAGAAGAUACGCGGAGAAGAAAUAUUGAGCUGGCGAUCAGAGCUUGCGUGGGUUUUAUCAGUGAAAUGUUCUUUCAUUGCAGCAGCUCGCUCCCCAGUCAAUGAUGAAGAAGCAGUUCAAUCGGAUGCGGCAGCUCGCCAACCAGACGGUGGGGAGAGCUGAAAAGACAGAAGUGUUAACUGAAGAUCUGCUUCAGGUAGAGAAACGACUGGAGCUGGUAAAACAAGUCUCCCACAGCACCCACAAAAAAUUAACAGCAUGUCUCCAGGGACAACAAGGUGUGGACGCCGACAAACGAUCCAAAAAGCUACCAUUAACAACGUUAGCCCAGUGUUUAGUGGAAGGCUCUGCCAUCCUGGGUGAAGAUACUUUGCUCGGGAAGAUGCUGAAGAUGUGCGGUGACACAGAAGACAGGCUAGCCCAGGAACUUAUCCUCUUCGAACUACAGAUAGAACGAGAUGUGAUAGAGCCACUGUUUGUGUUAGCUGAGGUGGAUAUUCCUAAUAUUCAGAAACAGAGAAAACAUUUAGCAAAACUUGUAUUGGACAUGGAUUCAGCUCGAACACGGUGGCAGCAGUCUUCAAAGUCAUCAGGGUUGUCGAGCAAUCUGCAGUCGUCUGGCGCCAAGGCUGAUGCACUCAGGGAAGAAAUGGAGGAAGCAGCGAAUCGAGUGGAGAUCUGCAGGGAUCAACUGGCAGCGGACAUGUACAGUUUUGUGGCCAAAGAAAUAGACUAUGCAAAUUAUUUUCAGACAUUAAUAGAAGUGCAAGCAGAAUAUCACAGGAAGUCAUUAGUGCUUUUACAGAACAUAUUGCCUCAAAUUAAAGCACAGCAAGAGGCUUGGAUAGAAAAACCUUCUUUUGGUAAGCCACUGGAAGAGCACCUCACGAUAAGUGGAAGGGAAAUUGCGUUUCCUAUUGAGGCCUGUGUGACGAUGCUGCUGGAGUGUGGCAUGCAGGAAGAGGGCCUCUUCAGAGUAGCUGCUUCUGCCUCCAAACUUAAAAAGCUGAAAGCUUCUCUUGACUGUGGUGUGCUGGACGUGCAAGAAUAUUCUGUUGACCCUCAUGCUGUAGCAGGGGCUCUUAAAUCGUAUCUUCGAGAGUUACCAGAACCCUUGAUGACGUUUGAAUUGUAUGAUGAAUGGAUACAAGCAUCAAACAUUCAAGAGCAAGAGAAGCGGCUCCAAGCUUUAUGGAAUGCAUGUGAGAAACUACCCAAAGCAAAUUACAACAAUUUCAGAUACUUAAUAAAAUUUCUAGCCAAGCUGACAGAAUAUCAAGAUGCUAACAAAAUGACACCUGGUAACAUGGCAAUUGUCCUUGGACCCAACUUGCUCUGGACAGUCAAUGAAGGGUCUAUGACUGAAAUGAUGACAACAGUCUCAAUACAGAUUGUAGGGAUCAUUGAACCCAUAAUUCAACAUGCUGAUUGGUUCUUCCCAGGAGAUAUUGAAUUUAAUGUCACUGGAAGUUAUGGCAGCCCAGUCCACACCAACCACAAUGCAAACUAUAACUCCAUGCCAUCUCCAGACAUCGAUCAUUCUGACCGCAAGCAGCACGACCAAGGCAGGCGACCACUCAGCGUUGCAACUGACAACAUGAUGCUGGAGUUUUACAAAAAGGAUGGCAUGGGUGUGAGGGUGAUGGACACAUCCUGGGUGGCCCGCAGAGGCUCCUCCGGAGUCCGAAAAACAUCCUCCACCCCACCCGGCACGCAGCCCCCUCCUCCGCCCGCCGAACCUGCCGCUUCGGGUCAGUCGCCAAUCCCUGAGCAGUCUCUAGAAAAUUCCUCUUCUCCCUCCCCCACUCCUCCUCCUAGUGGCCCACCACCCAGGGCUGAACGUGCAAGCACAGACGAGUUGUCUUCCAAUUGGUCGGAUUCCAGUUACUCUUACCCUUCCCCAGAGAGUAAAAGACCUUCCCCUUCUUCUUGUUACCAGCAUGCCCACCAUUUCCACCUUCAGGCUCAGCCAUCUGCUAGGCCCGAGGGUCUCCCUCAAGCUUCCUCCCCUCAAAAGUGGUCAGGGUACAACCCAACCUUUGUCACUCAGCCCCCCUCCCCACAGCAGCUUGACAUCAACUCCAACCCCAAGCCGUGUUCCCUGCACCUUUCUAAGCAAAGCCCCCUCACUGACUCGCAUGUAUCUGAAACUAAUAUCUCACCUGUCUACAUCAAAACCCCUCUGCUCCUAACCAAGCACGACCCUUGUGGUACCCCCUUUAACCCUCCUGUGUCAGCCUCUCCCCCAUGGGUCGGCUGUGCCUGUGCCAGAAACAAAGGAACCAGGCUGACUAGUGCUAUGAAAGGCAAAGAACUUUCACCUGUGAUUGGACAAAAAGGGAGACCUGUUUCCGACCAUGUGACUUCCUCAAGCAGCCUCCAGCAGAGCAUUGCCAUCAGUCAACUGCCAAGUGAGCAAAGCCCCCAUACACUGAGGAAAGCUGCAAAGAAGGUGGCCCCCAUAGCACCUAAAAUCCCCUUUGACCAGGCAGCAGGCCAGCCUUCCCCUGCAAGCCUAUCUCCCACUCCCCCAAGCACUCCAUCACCAUAUGCUGCAAACUAUCCUCAAGCCUAUACCUUACCAUCAAGCCAAACACCCCCAGCUGCUCCAUCCCUGUCUUCACCUCCAUCCCAAACAAGCACUUUAACUAAAUCUCGACCCACACUCAAACCUAGACAAAGACCCACCCUUCCACCUCCACAGCCUCCUACAACAGGGUCUAGUCCACAGCCUUUGGACCAUACAAUUUUAGACAACCUGUCAGCUGGAGAAAGCAUGUCUACAGAUAUUGACAUUCCAGAUCCCUCUUUUAUACAGUCAGUAGAGCUUCAUGAUGCACUCUACACAGAAUCUUCAGACCAAAUUUGCACAAACUCUGUGGCAGACUCUGGAAUAAGAGCAGAUUCUGACGAGGAGUCAGAAAGUACUGUCCUAUGACGUAAGAACACUCCAUUUGUGUGACACAAGCUGUACAUAUAUUACAUCGACAGGAUGGUAGAUCGGUGGGCAUCACUUCACAUGUAAUUGCAAGAAAAACUGCUUCCAUUAACUAUGGGAAUGGAAUUCUUUUUAAGAUAAAAAAAAUUGCUUUGGUUUGAUUAUGGUCAGUCAGCCCUUAAAAACACUGUUCUGUUUUCUGUGAUCAAAUUUACUUUUUAUUUAGCCUUACUGAAAUUACUUUUUCAAUAAAAAAAACUUGGCCUUUGAACCUGCCAUUUAAUUUGAUUUAUAUAUUAUCAUAGUGUGUGAUAACCCAAUAGCACCAUACAAAAGAAUGCUUUCAUACCCACAUAGAAAUAAACAUGUAUGCCUCCUACAUAGAAAGGAAUUGCCUUUUAUGAGAUGGUAGUUUGAGUUUCUAGAUUUGGCGAAACUUCUGAUUCUUUGGAGAGAAUGGCUUACCACAAAUACAAGGUCAGAAUCUUGCGUUUAGAAAUCUUCCAUCUUCAGAAGAAACCCCUUUCUGAUGUACAGUGCAAUGAGCCCGUCCUUAGGGCAGACAGAAAGGCAGGCCUCAAACCAUAGAUUAAUGUAUAAUACAAAAAUUAUCAAAAGAAAUCUUCAUUGUCCAACAAAUGAAGAAGAUACACUCAGGACUAAGUCAACAGGCACUGGUGAGUGAGGGAAAAACCUUUUCAAUGCGUACCUAUAACAACAGCCAGUCAAAGAUUUUGUCCACUUUGAGUAUUACAGAAUCGUAAUCAAAAUCCAUUUCCAAAAGUAGCUGUUCACACAGAAUAAAAAUGAGACUUUAUUUCUGAUCAUUGUGAUAUGAAUCAUCAUUGAAAAUAUAAUUCUACGUCCCAUUGUACACCCUGGUAUUUGUCUGUUUAUACAGUUCAAAGCAGAAAUGUGCUUAAUGCUGUGGUAUAGUUUAAAUUUGUAUAACACAUGGCAUUUGCCAAUCAUUCUGAAAGUAACUUCAGCCUGAAAAGAGGAAGAAAGCUGUCAGUAUUGUACUUUUUAAACAAAAAAAAGUCUGUACAUGGAUGGUGACUAUUACAAUGGACUGUUGUGGCAGUAAAACUUUACUUGUUAUCAUGCCAGAAUACCUUGUAUGAAUAGAAUUUAAUUAAUGUCUAUGUAAAUGUUGUAUUAAAAAUAUACUGUGUAUUUAAGGGAGAGGGGCUAGACUGGUGACUGAUUAUGUGGCUAUUACCUUUGUAAUGUACAGGACCUAAAACAUUGCUCCAUGCAGUGAUUUAUUUUAAAUGAUCAUACAGUGUAGAGCUAUGAGAGAACAUAAUAUAUCUGUUAUAUAAACACUUGUUUCAUGCAUUAUGUUUCACUUGAAAAUAUAUAUAAGUAUAGUGCUUUAAAAUAAACACUUGUUGAAAUAGAGGGUUUAGUGGCAAUGUCUGAGAAAUAAAGUUGUGCUGAUUCCCUCAUCUGUGGUCUCUCAUCUAAAACCUGGAGAAAACUGAACAGAAAAUAAUAAAAACUGAAAUAUUACAAAAUGUAGAGCAGACUUGAUGUGUCCUGGAAAGAUGUUGCAGAUUCAUAUCAACAACAAAAAAAAUGUACACAUUUUGACAAAAUAUUAAACAUUCCAGUCAUUA